AUGAGAGGUAUAUGUCUAUUUGGUGAUAAGUCCUUAGUUGCAUUAUAUGAUACUGGAGCUUCGCAUUCGUUUAUUUUGUUUGCUAAAGUUGAGGAAUUAAGUUUGAAAGUGUCAGAGUUACCUUUUGAUAUGCAUGUACAUACUCCGUAUCAGACAGUUAUGAUUAGGUCAGGUUGUAGACAAGUAGGUUUCAAGCUCGAGGGUAUAGACUUUGUGCAUGAUUUGAUCUGUUUACCAAUGGUGGGGCUAGAAAUGAUUUUGGGGUUUGAUUGGUUGUCGAAGAAUCGAGUUUUGUUGGAUUGUUUUGAAUGGACAAUUCGGUUUAUGCCGAACGGAGAAAAUGGAGCGGUGGUAGCUAUGGGAUAUUACCUGAACUCCGUAAUGGUACACUGUAGUGGGAAGGAGUGUCAGGGCUAUGUUCUGUUGGCUGCUAAUGCGUUGGGUGAUGCUCAGAACUUGGAUCAGAUACCGGUGGUUAGAGAAUUUCCAGAAGUAUUCCCGGAAGAUAUCCCUGAGUUCCCACCUCAAAGGGAAAUUGAAUUUGCGAUUGAAUUGGUGCCGGGAGCCGGACCAAAGAAAGAUGGAGGAAUGCGAUUAUGUGUGGAUUACAGACAGUUGAACAAAGUGACUGUGAAGAACAAGUACCCGUUGUCAAUGAUAGAUGACUUGAUGGAUCAAUUACAAGGAGCUGGAGUGUUUUCCAAGAUCGAUUUGAGAUCUGGUUACCAUCAAAUAAGGGUGAAAGAGGAUGAUAUCCCUAAGACUGCGUUUAGAACACGCUAUGGACACUACGAGUUUGCGGUAAUGUCCUUUGGGUUAACGAGUGCACCUGCUGUUUUCAUGGAUUACAUGAACAGAGUGUUUCGUCCCUUUUUGGACAAAUUCGUGGUGGUUUUCAUAGAUGACAUCUUGGUUUACUCUAAGACAGCAAAGGAGCAUGAAGAACACUUGAGGAUUGUGCUGCAAAUCUUAAAGGAGCGGAAGUUGUACGCUAAGUUGUCAAAGUGCGAGUUCUGGAAGGAGGAAGUAAAGUUCUUAGGCCACGUGGUAAGCAAAGGAGGAAUAGCUGUAGAUCCUUCUAAGGUAGAAGCGGUGAUGGAGUGGGAAAGACCGACGACCGUGACGGAAGUGAGAAGCUUCUUGGGUUUAGCCGGAUAUUACCGGAGAUUUAUCGAAGGAUUUUUCUGGAUUGUGCUACCGAUGACGAAGUUAACAAGGAAAGAAGUGCCAUUUGUGUGGACAUCGGAGUGCAAAGAGAGUUUUCAGACUUUGAAGCAGAAGUUAACUUCAGCACCUGUUCUAAUCUUACCGGAACCGCAUGAACCAUUUGAAGUAUAUUAUGAUGCGUCACUGAAAGCAAGUGUUUUGGAUCCUGAUGUAAUACCAGAGACUACUGAGAACAUUAAGAAGAUUCGUGCACGAAUUCUAACUGCUCAGAGUCGACAGAAGAGUUAUGCGGAUCAGAGAAGGAAACCGCUAGAGUUUGAAGUGGGAAAACAUAGAUUCGGGCCGGUGGCGUAUCGAGUCGCUUUGCCACCUCAUCUGUCUAAUUUGCAUGACGUAUUCUACGUGUCACAACUCCGUAAAUACACGUCGGAUGCGGCUCAUGUGUUGGAGCCUGAGUCGGUUGAAUUGAAGGAGAACUUAACUUUCCAAGUAACGCCAGUGAGGAUCGAUGACCUUAGUGUGAAGAAGCUGCGAGGAAAGAAAGUCCCAUUGGUUAAGGUUGCUUGGGAGCGAGCAGAAAUUUAA